AGGAUUUCCGGUUUGGGAUUGUCCGUCCAAUUCCUGAGUUCCACAGGAAGCGCAGAAUAAAAAGCAGGAGAAAAACGCCCAAAAGCAUCUCAUUCCUCGCCAGUCGGUUCACGGGGAGCAUCGAGACGUUGACCACACGCCGCUCUUUAUCAGAGAGAAGAAGAGUUUAUAAGAAAUGCUGGCGAUGGAGAAGCGCGUCAGAGCGCGCGACAGGUGGAUCGAAUGGCCUCGAGCUCAGCGCGAGAUCACGUGAUUUUAUUAACUGGGUAGCUGAUUGACCUGGGUGUACCUGAGGGGGACAGACACUCCCGAAAGUCUCUCUUCCUGCUGUCAGACACACCUGAGAGAGAGUGACAGAUAGACGGAGAGAGAGAGAGAGAGAGAGAUGUACACAGCGGUCCUGCUCUCCUCUUCUCUGUUUCUCCUGCAUGUGACCUGCACGCCUCAGAUUCAUGGUCACCACGGAAGGAGAGUGUGUGUUGGAGACGCGUGGAGUCGUCGUGUGUCCUACAGCACAGAGUCGUUCCUUCAGCCUGUACACAAACCCUACAUCACCAUGUGCCAAAACCACCGCAUGUGUAGCACAUACAAGACGAUCUACAGGGUUUCUUACAGACAGGUGAGCAGAGCGGCUCCAAAUGUACACAUUUACCCAGAAUGCUGUCCGGGGUGGCGACGCAUACAUUCACACAACUGUAACCAAGCGGUGUGUGAGAAGACCUGUGUAAAUGGAGGGUCAUGUAUAAGGCCUAAUCACUGUUCAUGUCCGAGAGGAUGGACAGGACGAUACUGUCAAAUAGAUGUGGAUGAGUGUAAGGAAGGUCAGCGCUGCUCACAGAAGUGUGUAAAUACGCUGGGGAGUUAUCGGUGUGUGUGUGAGGAGGGAUUCAGUCUGGCUGAAGAUGAAAUAACGUGUUCAAGAAGUCGUCCCCCCUCCCCCCCGCCCAUCGCUCCUCCAAAACCCGACGAUCGCUCAUCCAGUAGCGACGCUGGUGGAGGUUUUGUAUUGGUGGAGAACGUUACCGAAGAAGUUCAAAUGCUUAAAAACAGAGUGGAGCUCCUUGAGCAGAAACUAGAGAUGGUUCUGGCUCCCUUCACCACGCUCUUCCCGUUGGAUGGUGUGGGAGACGGUAACAGCUUCCUGUCCGAGAGGACCAACUUCCUGUCGCAUUCUCUGCAGCAACUAGACCGUAUCGACUCGCUCAGCGAGCAGGUCGGGUUCCUGGAGGAGCGUAUCGGAGCCUGUGCCUGCCAGGAAAACUAGACGAUCACUCAAAGAUGGGCUGGAUCCAAGUGAAACCAAUAUCUGAUGUCUAAAUGAACAACUGCAGCACUGAUCUAAGGGUCUGAAGCAUGUAAACAU